UUUUCUCUAGUUAGGCCUGAAAUUCCGUCUCUUGUCUGGAGAUUUUCUCCUCUCCGUCUCUCCCAAUCUCGUUCGAGAGAGAGGGAGAGGAAAAUCUUGACACAGAGACAAAAAAUUUCAUUGUUGUUAUCGUUCUUCCUAGUGUUGUAACCCUAAAAUUUCAAUUACUUUAUUGGAGGGAUAAUAUGAAUUGAAGGUCAAAGAAUAAAGAUCCAACUCAUUUCAAAUUCAAAUAUGGUUGGAACCAUGGAUGAGAAGCAAGGAGGAAAACCGAGCAGGUUUGGAACGGACCGGUUGCCACCACCCCCAAGACCACCACCGUCCGCACGUCUCCCACCGCCACCCGGCCACCACCAUGCGAGGCGACUAGCGGCGGUGGCCCCUCCUCAUCCGACGAGGCAACGCGAUGGCAAUGCCUUGAAGGUAUGGUGGAAUUCACCGGAUGCCAAGAGGAAGAAGAGGGUGGCGCGGUACAAGCUUUAUGCCAUGGAAGGGAAGGUGAAGUCGUCCUUAAAGAAGAGUUGUCGUUGGGUCAAGCAAACUUGCUCCAGAAUCAUCCAUGGUUGUUGAUAAUGAUCAGUUUAUUAUUUUUUCACCGAUUCAACGUGGUUAUUUGCACUACGUAUAUAAUCAUAUUUUUCUGUCCAUAAAUCUGUUUGGCAAAAUUAGUAAAACAAUGAAGAGAGGAAACAUAGAUGGAUCAAUGUGCAUAUGUUGUAUCUCCGAUUUAUCAGGUAAUGAUAAUAUAUAUGCACUUUGGACUAUAACGGAUCACGAUUUCUAACCAUCACACAUAGUGUUGUUUUAUAUGUGAUUUCAAUUUACAAUGUGACAUGUAUAAGUUAUAACGAGGAUGGACAUACAACUUUUUUCACAAUAGACCAAACAAUAUUUGGAUAAAUUUUAUAUUGGAUA